CUUCUCUCUCUACUCACAUCUUUCUCUAACUUAAUCUCUUCUUCUUCUGAUAAUGAUGAUAAACCUAUCAAAAUCUUCUGCUAUUUGAACAAACUAGCCGUAUACACGACGAAUUGACGCAAACAAUACACCGAUUACUCCCAAAAUUCAGUUCUUCGGCAACACAGCUCAAUUUCCGUCCAGCGGUCCAGCCUCCAGGAAUAAUGGCAUGUUCUUUAUUUGUUUCAUAUCAAAGAGAACCAGGUAUAAUUACCCUUUCGUCUGAGUUCUUACAAAUCAGACCAAGUCUUAAAGUUACCCAGCUUGACGCCAGAAGGUGUAAAACCAUCUUGAUUUCAUUACCUAGGUCAGCUAUCAAAAUCCCUCGCGAUCGAUCACUAGACAAGCACGUUUCAAAAACGAAUAAGAUUCGGUUCAUACAAAAACUAAAAACCCUACUUCUUUCCAAACCAAAACACUUCAUGCCAUUAAGCAUCCUCUCAAAAUGUAGAUCCUACUUAUCUUUAUCAAAACCACAUUCAAUCAUAUCAAUGAUCCAACGUUACCCUUCAAUAUUCGAACUAUUCACCAUUCCAUUCCCUCAAACACCUCUCAACGCGACCAAACAACAUUCUCAGCUCUGCGUUCGCCUCACCCCAUCUGCAGAGGCUUUGGCAACUCGAGAGUCAAAUCUCAAGUCAAGUGUGUCCUUAACUCUCGCCACGAAGCUUCAAAAACUCCUAAUGCUUUCCUCAUACCGGAGAAUUCUCUUGACUAAGUUAAUCCACCUUGGACCUGACCUAGGCCUCCCCACCAAUUUCACUUCCCGUCUCUGCAACGAAUACCCUGACAAAUUCAGGACGGUGGACACCUCCUAUGGGCGAGCGCUCGAGCUCGUAUCGUGGGACCCACAAUUGGCGUGUGUUUUGCCCGCUCCCAAGGCAAAACCCGAUAAUUUGAUCGUGGAUAGGCCAUUGAAGUUCAAGCAUUUGAGACUUCAAAAGGGAGUGAACGUGAAAAGACUUCAUCGAGAGUUUUUGAUAAAGUUCAAUGAAAUGGAGGAUAUUUGUCCAUAUGAAUCUCGCGCGGAGAGUUUUCCGAAGGAAUCAAUCGAGGCGGAGAAGAGGUCAUGUGCUUUAGUAAGGGAGAUUUUAGGAAUGACGCUCGAGAAGAGAACUUUAAUCGAUCAUUUGACUCAUUUUAGGAAGGAUUUCGAUCUACCAAAUAAGCUUAGGGGAAUGUUGAUUAGACAUCCGGAAUUGUUCUAUAUAAGUUUUAAAGGUCAGCGAGAUUCGGUCUUUUUGUUUGAGGGGUACGACGAGAAAGGUAGAUUAUUUGAAAAGGAUGAAAUUUUGGUUAUAAGAGAUGGGUUAAUGGAAUUGGCUAGGGAAGGGAAAAGGAUGAGACGAGAAAGGAGAAAAGUUGUUAGUAUGAAUAAUGGUAAUGUCAUUGUUGAUGAACUUCAAGUUUCUGAUGACGAUGAUGAAGACGACUAUGCAGACGGUUUAGAUAGUUUGUUUGACUCAGACGAUGAUGAAAUUGACGAUGAUUAUGAUGAAUUUUUAGAUGGGAGUUCAAACGAGCAGUUUUGGAGUACUAAAUCUAAUGUUGUUGACCAUUAUAAGGUAGAUCAAAAUGUACAACCAUGGUAACACAAUUUAUUAUUUGAAAACAUAACUUAUUUUGAAUCAAAUCCAGAAAUUAAUGUAUAUAUGCAUUUUUGUUUGUAUGAAACAAUAGAAUAUAAUUCUAGUGUUGGAUAAUUUCUUCAA